UUUAACAUUUACUAAUACCACACUAAACCAUUGUAGGGUUAUCUCUGUGUACACUUAACACUGACUUAAAAAACGAAAAGCAAAAUGAACACUGUUCGUGAAUUUUCGAACGUAGGAUGGAGUGCUAUAACGCAUCAUGUGUGACUCCAACGACGGGGACUGCUCCUCAAGUCUUCGCAUCAGCCUUACAGUUCUUCGCAGCUGCACAGUGUGCAAUAUCAGAAGGAUUAAUAGCAGAUUCUAAUGUUCAAGAUUAUGAAGAGUUUGACUUCAUAAUAGUUGGGGCGGGAACAGCCGGUAGUGUUCUAGCAAACCGACUGAGUGCUAUAGCUGAAUGGAAAAUAUUACUACUUGAAUAUGGUGGUGAUGCCCCCAUCGAAGCUGAUAUUCCAGGUCUGGACAAAGCAAUGUGGAAGACCAGAUAUGAUUGGGGUUACGUAACUAAUGACAAUGGAGUAACCAACCGCGCUCAUAUUAAUGGAUCCAUUAAUUGGCCACGAGGCAAAAUGAUGGGAGGCAGCAGUAACCUUAACGCUAUGAUAUACAUUCAAGGAAAUGAUCAAGAUUAUCAAAAUUGGUACGAUGCAGGUAACACUGAUUGGAGCGUAAAAGAAGUGCGCAGAUGCUUCAAAAAAGCUGAAAGCUUUCAAAAUAUGGAUGCGUUGAAAAAUCCGAAAAUCAGAGAUCACUACGGCCUCAAAGGGCCAUUAGUUAUAAACAAAUACAACAGCACCUUUGCAUCCAUUUACUCAAGGCUUCUAUCUGCAUGGAACGAAAUUGGAAUUAAAAAUGUUGAUGACUUAAAUGUCGCGAACGUACUUGGAUCAGGAAUUUUAACAUGUACAGCUGCUAACGGAGAAAGGCAAAGCCAUAACAAAGCAUACCUAAACCCCAUACUACACAGAUCAAACCUAAAAAUACUAAAAAAUACUUUGGUCACAAAAGUAUUAAUAGAUCCUUCUAGUAAAACUGCUUACGGGGUAGAAGUAUUACAAGGCUCGCAGAACUUUACGUAUUACGCUACCAAAGAGGUUAUUAUAAGCGCAGGAGCUAUAAACUCACCUCAACUUCUGAUGUUGUCUGGAGUUGGCCCCGAAGAACAUCUAAGUUCAAAGAACGUUUCAGUUAUAGUUGAUUCACCAAUGGUAGGACAAAAUCUACAAGAUCACUGUAUUAUACCUAUAAUAAUGUACGCGGAUGAACCAGGUGAACUGAACAAUGCAGAACAACAAUUUGGUGUCAUACAGUAUCUUUACAACCGCACAGGAUAUUUAGCACAAAAUAGUUUCGCUGACGUACUAGCAUUCUUCUCAGACACACGAAGAGCCACUUACCCAAAAUUCCAAACUCAUUUUUCACUAUUUUGGAAAAAUAGUUCCUUAAUUCAACAAGCUUUGAAAAUACGUUUCAGAUACAAAGACGAAGUCGCAGACCCAAUCGUUGAACUUAAUAAGAAAUAUGCAGUUUAUUUGCAACUGUUCAAUCUUUUGCAUCCAAAAUCUACAGGGAAUAUAACCUUAAAUUCAAAUGACCCUAGAGAUUAUCCAAUCAUUAACCCGAAUUAUUUCUUCGAUCCCAGAGAUUUAGAAACAGCAGCAACGGGCAUAAGGAUUCUAACUAAAAUACAAAACACCAAGGUUAUGAAAGAAAUUAACGCAUUCUUAGGAAGGAUGGAGUGGGGACCAUGUAACGUGUAUGAACUGGAUAGUAGAGAGUAUUGGAAAUGCGUUUGUUUAGAAAUGGUGCUUACGGUGUAUCACCCUGUAGGAACUUGUAAGAUGGGACCGGAUCCAAAGACUUCAGUCGUAAGUUCUCGGUUGAAAGUACAUGGAGUAAAUAAUCUCCGAGUAGUAGACGCUAGUAUUAUGCCGACACUUACUAGUGGUAACACCAAUGGUCCGACAGGAAUGGUGGCAGAAAAAGGAGCUGAAAUGAUUCUAGAGGAUUACAAGAAAAGACAGUGAGAUAAUGUGGUAAUAUGUAAGUAAACGCGUAUUAGCAGCGUUGACGACCUCGGUCUAAUCUAGUCUUCUUUUAUCUAUUAUUGUGACGACCCAGAUUUUCG